AUGGCUGAGCCUGGUGAUGAUAACUAUAAACUUAUAAGCAUGGAGGCAAAGAAACUCAGACAUUCACAGAGCUACCAAGAAACAACUUCAGUGGGGAUUAAACAAAUGCAAAAGCGGUUUCUCCAGAAAGAUGGGAGCUGCAAUGUAUACUUCAAGCACAUCUUUGGGGAGUGGGAGAGCUAUGUGGUUGAUAUUUUCACCACAUUAGUGGACAUCAAAUGGCGCCACAUGUUUGUGAUCUUCUCAUUGUCCUACAUCCUUUCGUGGCUGUUUUUUGGUUUGGUCUUCUGGCUGAUUGCGCUCCAGCAUGGUGACUUAUCACCUGAUGAAGAAAUAACCCCUUGUGUUGAUAACGUCCAUAGUUUCACAGGGGCUUUCUUAUUCUCCCUCGAAACCCAGACGACAAUUGGCUAUGGAUCCCACUGUGUCACUGAGGAGUGCUCAGCAGCAAUCCUGACAGUUGUCCUACAGUCGGUGUUAGGCUGCAUCAUUGACACAUUCAUCAUUGGUGCUGCCUUGGCCAAAAUGGCAACUGCCCGGAAGCGAGCUCAGACCAUCCGCUUUAGCUAUUAUGCCACAGUUGGCCUGAGAGAUGGCAAACUCUGCCUGAUGUGGCGGAUAGGUGAUUUCCGGCCUAAUCAUAUGGUAGAAGGCACAGUGAGAGCCCAGCUCUUGCGCUAUGUGGAAGAUCGCGUGGGACGGAUGAUCCUCGAAUACAAGGACUUAAAACUGUUAAAUGAUCAGAUCAUCCUUGCGACUCCAGUGACCAUUGUGCAUGAAAUUAACCAGGACAGCCCAUUAUAUGAUUUGGACAGGAAAGCUCUGGCAAAAGAGAACUUUGAGAUCCUGGUUACAUUCGUAUACACUGGAGACUCGACAGGAACGUCACACCAGUCAAGAAGCUCAUAUGUUCCUCGAGAAAUCCUCUGGGGCCACAGAUUCAAUGAAAUUUUGCAAAUGAAGAAGAAGUAUUACAAAGUCAACUGCCUCCAGUUUGAAGAAACCACUGAAGUUUAUGCUCCAUAUUGUAGUGCCAAGCAUCUAGAUAGCAAGGAACAAGAAUAUACUGCUUUUGAAAAGGCAAUGGAUGGAGAACCUGGAACAUCAUCAGGAGUCCGAGUCCGGUCAUUUAGUGCUGAUGCUUUGAUCAUCCAUUCUGAGAUUUCUGAAGAGGCAGCCAAAGUCCCUAACCCAGUUAAUGCUACGGAGCUGCCCUAUGAGAGAGCUCUGGUGACUUUAAGCAGAAUCUCAAUGGAAUCCCAAAUCUAA